AUGUCAGGCCCGAAGCCCAUCAGACCGAAUUACUCGCCGGGCGAGAAUCAUGGAGCACCCUUACCGACUACGUUCUUCACAGCUACUACGUCACGCAGGAGAAGCAAGAUUGAGCAAGCAUGCUCACGAUGCCGCUCUCUGCGCCGCAAGUGCGAUGGGCUGAAGCCUUGUGCAACAUGCCGUGAGCAGGCGUUCAAGUGUGAGUACGAGGGCGGGCGUGUGGGCUCUCAUAAGCUCACGCUCGCUAAGGCGGUCUGCAGAAUUGCCCAGCUCGAGGAAGAGCUUCGACAUGCCAAAGCGGGCUUGCAGACAUCAGAGACAAAACCACAACCUACCCCAGGCGAUGAAAAGCCCAGCGCAUCAUCCAUCGACGGCACGAAUGCGCCCACGGACGAGUGGAUGUCGAUUCUUCUGCAGGGUGUGGACGGCCUUUCCAUGACAACAGGCGCACCAGAGUUCUACGGACCUUCAUCGGCAAAUGCUAUUAUCGAUGCCCUGGAGAGCUCCGAACAGGAUUCGCCGGCAGCAGCUUCGUCCGAUGGUGGUACCGACAGAGCACGGUUGUGGCUUGAAUCUCCGCGUGACCUUACAUUUGCGAAAGUUGCCCAGUCAUCACUCCCACCCAAGGAGAUUGCAGACGAGUACCUUGCUGUCUUCUACCAAACAGCACACCGAAUAUACCCGAUCCUGAACCGCGCCCACUUCAUGAAGCGGUAUAACGACUUCUGGAAAGGCCUGCCUACAGAAGGGAACGGAUACGAGCACUGGGUUGCGGUAUUGUGCAUGGUCCUGGCACUUGGUCACCAGUGCAGCACUGCCGAUCCGGAUGUUCGCGUAAGAUCGAGGGCAUUACAAUCACAGCAUGGAGAAGAAUGCUUCGGUCUGGCCAAGGCGAUGCUGGCGUGGGCUCCGUUCAGUGGUGGCGAUAUGUCCGUUGUGAACAGCUUUUUGUUGGCGUACCUUUGGCUAUACAACCAGCAGAGACUACAUGAAGCGUACACAGUCUUGGGAGCAUCAAUAAGGACCGCCUAUGCGAUUGGACUGCAUCGAGACAGCGACUCUUCCGAGCAUUACGCAGCGGAAACCGACGGCUGGACUGCUUCUUGGUGGUGUCUGUUUGCAUAUGAGACAGAACUUGCCGCCAUUUCUGGACGGCCCAGCGCCAUACAGCCGCGGGAACUCGACAUGAGGCGCUUUUCUCAAGGCUUUUCAUCCAUCGAUUUGCAGUACGUUGAGUAUCUGAGGCAGCUCUCUGCCAUUGCCUGGGAAGUGUAUGAGCAAGUCUACUCUUUGUCACUUCAGCAUGUUCGAGUCGCAGAGCGCAUCGAAGCCGUUAAGCUCUCGGAUGAAGGCUUGUGCGGUUGGUAUGAGACUUGGUAUCGGGAAUGUGAAUGGUCCAGGGAACCGCAUGGUCUCCUCAUUCGACUUCGGUACCUGAAUAUGCGCAUACUGUACCAUCGAGGAUUCCUGAAGCUGGUCACACUCAACAAGGAACAGGUGCCAAUCGAGGCCACUGUGCCGGCUACCAAGUGCGUUCACCUGGCGUGCGAACUGAUCGAGACGAUCACCGCGUCCGUGAAUCGAGGUGGUAGUGGCAUACUGCAGGCUGCUGUGUUUGGCGUGCUUGGUUAUCUCUGGAAUGCGACCAUCACACUCCUGUUAUAUGCGCUUAGCGAGCGAGCGAUCCGGCAACUGGAUCUCGGUAGCGAAUUCUCGGACACUGAGAUGUCUGGAUUCGCCGGAGGCGCCGCACAACGAGCCAGGCGGUUACUGGAACGAUUCAAGGCGCAGAAGGCCGCGCAGCAGUCUGAUCAACGGCGGACUCUACGAGAUGUCCCUUCGGCAGGUGCUGACGAUGUGCUGGAAUCGUUCGGUAUGCUGGAUCAUCUGCUGUCCGGAUUCUCCCCCGGUAGCGAAAGGGCUUUCGAUGCAACUCGUCAGUACGACUUCCAGUCCUCAGAAUAUGAUGUGGAGAGCUGGAUCAACGACAACAAUGAAUCGUAUAGCUUUGACUUGCACGAGCCAUGA